GCCGACGUCGGCGUCGGGACGCCGUCUGGACACUCUGCGGGCGUAUUUUUAGCGCAGGCGAGAGCCACAUUGCCGUGAAAUCUCGCCUCGGCACCAUGGCGCGGUAGUGCUCAUACCCCACACUCGAUUACCCAACAUAUCAAGCCUUCGAAGCAUGGCAGAAUUACGGGUAUUUUCCGAAAAUCCCCCUUGCCCUACCCGCUACUCGAGUGCCUCCGCUACCCUUCCUUUCUAAAAAUAAGUGAUUAUUAUUAGCUGGCCCCUUCGGUGGCUAUUUGGGACCGAUAGUUUUUUUUUUUGAUUUACUACGUCAAGGAUGGCCCUGGUGAUGCUCCCGAGCGACCUGCCGUGGUGGGAGAACGUAAAGCGGCAGCUAAAGAAAAUGGUACACACCAAAAACACCCCCGAGCUGAUAGAGGGCAUGCAGAAAAUAUACGAAAUGUGCAACGUGAGCUUAGACCCGGAAGAAGAGAUAGUGGAUCCGGAACAGUUCGUGGGGCUUCUAAAUUUCCUGGAUAACGACAUGACUAGCGAAGAAAGGAACAUUUUUCUGAACAAAACUUUACCGAAUAUGGUGAACAGAGCGCUUAGGAUCAAGGAACUCAGGCCCAAGAGAGGGUUACACUUUAGUUUACAGCAGCAACCUGACUGUACCGAGUUAGAAUACUCUUUCGUGUCGUCUUUGCUGGCGAACGCCUUUUUCUCAACAUUUCCAAAACGAACCGAUAAGACUCAUCCUACACUGCAAAAUUUCAAUUUCUCCUAUUUUUUCAAAAACCUGAACACCAACGCGCAAAAGUCCAAGUUGAAGAGUUUCCUGUACUACUUCGAAUGGCUGGAGAACAAUGAAAAUUCUGAUGGGAAAUUGAAAAUCUAUCGACAGGUGAUGAGUAGCAAAGAAUGGCUGACUAUCGAAGACUGGUUAGAAUGUAGUUUACCUCUAUGCACCUUAAAAAUAAAGCACGAUGGAAAGUUGGAAAGAUCUGACGAUGAGUGCCUACAAAUAUGUUUCGCAAGUGCCAAAAUAGGUGGAAGUGUUUUGACUAACGGUUAUACUCAGGAAUGCAUAAGUUUGGUAACCGCUCCAGAGUUACUGACUGUGCUGCUAAAUGUCGAGGCCUUAGAGGACAACGAAGUCCUUACAAUUGAAAACGUCAGGCAUAUUUCGAGAAUUUCCGAUCCAAAGUUCCGAGCGAACUUGGAAAAACUUGAAAUGCCCAAAGAGAAAACGAUCUGCUGUAUGGAUGCGGACGAUUACACCAAACUACCGAUUGGCCAGUACGAAGAAGACAACAUAUUAAGGGAACUGAACAAAUGUCUUUUAGGUUUCCAACAAAAACAAACAAAAAACGUGAAUCAGGGCCAACCUGUUCUAACAGCAACCUACAAUCACAGAAGGCGUUUAUCUCCCAUCGGCGAAUCGAUAGGAUCCACUCAAUCAGACCCCGCCAGUACCAUCCCCAUAAUAACCCAGCAGUCCUGCAGCACCAACCAGAGCGGAUCCGCUUCGCCAAUAAGCGACAACAACAACACCUCUACCAGUAGACUCCGGGUGAAGCUAGAAAUGGAACGCAACCUAAAGAAACGGGGCCAAGUCACCAACGAAGCUCUCGUCCACAACAGAAGGGGUCGGUUCAUAGUCUUGGGCUCUUCAGGGGAAUGUUUACCAGUCUCCAGGAGACCUUUAGAAGAUGACAGUAGUGAAUACUCCAGUUGCGAAUCUUCGGAAAGUGAGUUCCACAGUGCCAAAACUAGUCAAGAUGAUAGCGAAGACGAGAAUUUUCACAAGAGGUACAGCAUAGAUUUGGAGUCUCCAGAACGGAGGCAUAUUUUUGCUCAGAAGUUGAAGGAUGCCUUGAAGAGAGAGAUAUCGGAGAGCCCAGUGACUUCCAGUGAAGAGAGCUAUGCUGUCGGGAUAUCAGUGACUGGAUCUGGAAUCCACGACCCAGAUAUAAAGGUAAGAAGAGGUGGAUCCACCGGAUUUGCUCUACAAGAGGACUCUUUGGACGAAGAGUUCUUGGAGCAUUCCCUGAACAAAGAGAGACUCUGGAUAGACAAAUUUAAAAGUAAACAGUGUGCUCUAAGCAGGAAAGAGUCUAACAAAUCCUCCGAAUAUAGUUUCAGCACCGAGUACAGUUCGGAAUUAGAAGAGGUGUAUGAGCAGUUCUCUCGUUGGCUGGAGCAUCCCAUUUUGGAAACUGACAAAGGCACCAAGAGGGAGUUGGACGCGAGGGAAAUGGCUGUCGUUCGAUUUGCAGGAUCAAUUUUGAAACGCACACUUAGCGAGUCGUUCGCCGGGGUCCAAGUUCCUAUGACUGAAGGUUGUGACUCGGGUACGGGAAACUUGGAGGAGUUCAGUACGAAGAAAAACAAAUUAGUUUUGAGUGCCAAAUCCUUAAGCUUGGAACUAGCUAGACAGAAACAUCGACUUGCAGCCCAACUGUUAUCCCAGAUAUCGACACAGAAAUCGAAAAACGGUCUCAAGCCUAUAUCGACGGGCAACUGGGGCUGCGGUUCUUCGAGAAAAGGCGACGUCCAACUCAAAGUGGUAAUACAGUGGCUGGCGGCGAGCGUGGCGGGAGCCCCUUCUGUAACCUAUUACACCUACGGCCACCAGCAGCUGGUGAAGCUGGACACGGUGUGUCGAAUACUGGUCGACAGGAAAUGGACCGUUAAAGACUUGGCUGAGGCGACUUUGAGGUACUGCAGCCACGUGUUGCAAGGGAAGGAACUCAGUGGGACUUUGUUCGAGGAACUGAUAGGUGUUGAGCGGACGAUAUAGUUGCUUUUUUAUAUUUGCGAGGUUUCAAGCAUCUAGUCAUUACGAGUACAGUGUUACAUAUUGCUGGUGUGUAUUUUACAGAGGAUUAUUUUAAAUAUGCCCAAAUUUCUAUAAAUCGAGAAGUUUGUUUUUAAUCAAGGACAAAUUUUGUUAUUUGUGUCAUUUUUUCCAAAGCAAUAAUGACUAGCACGUUGCAGAUUUUAAUCUAUGAAAUGCACACCAAUAUUCAUUAAAAAAUUAACUAAGGAAGUAAUGUGACGCAUUUAACAAAUGAAAAUGAAAAUUCCGAGUGAGAAAAUUGUAAAAAACAAGAACGCUUCUUCUAAAAUUUGCUCAAAACGUUUCAGUUAGUGUUUUGGGGUGUACGCAGUAUUUGACAAUGAAUGAACACUUCAAGGAUAGCUUUGUUGACUGAAAAUAGACUUUAGACAAUCUUCCUUCCUUAAAAAGCCGGUGCUUCAAAUGUUUUUUUUUUCAUUUUUUAAAUUAAUAAAAUUUAGUAUGAGAAGGUUUUUAGGGUACCUGGAGAAAAACAUUACAUAAUUUUUUUGUUAAAAACUUGGAUAUUGUGUUGUCAGUUUAUUUACUGUCGUUACCCACUGCUUCGUACCUACUGGCAGAUAGUAACCUACUAAUCUGUAAGUACUAUAAAAGCACGACUAGUGUUGCACUAGACGAAAUAAGCUUUUUAAUUAAUUAUUAUACAGGGUGAUUCACAUAUGGUGAACAAAAAUGAAACCUCAUAUUCUUUGGUG